UAUAAUAUGCCUACUGAAUAUAACAACAAUAGACGCCUCCAGUAAUCAGAAACUCAAUUUGUCGAAUCGUGGGGUGACGCAGCCCUACCUAUUGUGUUAUGUGUACAGUGUCGUACCUCAAUAAGCAUUUCAGCCAUUCUUCUGUUUUGUAAUACAAUGGUGACACAAAAUAAACGGUAAAUUACUGUACCUAGUACGUCAAACAACCGUUAACAGCACUCGCUUUAAUAUGGCCUAUACUGACUGUUUCGUUUGGUUAAUAUUUUUCACAACGCUGACAGCUCAUGUUUAUGGCCAAUGGAAUACAUCUAUUCAGCUGCAAGGCGGUUUAUUCUGGGGCUACAUACAAGUUCUGCAAGACAAUCAAUUGAAGUAUAUAUGUAAUGAUUACUGGGAUAUUGAAGACGGACGUGUCGCUUGCAGACAAUUAGGUCUAGGUAAUGUUUUUACGGUAGAAGGCGAAGAGUACUCUACCAAAAACACUAUACAAGACGUGUUCUUGUGUAAUGGGAAUGAAGCAACAUUAAUGGAAUGCCCACGAACGUCAAGUUUAAGCUCCUCUGCGGAUAGCUCAUGCACUGCGGCCUAUGUAUCAUGUGGUGUAUCCGACGCACAGGAUUACGAUUGGAAAAUUAUUGGUUGUUUUCAAGACGAUAACGAUCGGAUUCUUCCUGAUCUGAAAUGUGACAAAUCAAUAACAGGAACGUGUAGACACUGUCUGAAUGAUACUGGACAGUAUUUUUGUGCGGAUUAUAACGGUAUGACAGUCGAUCUAUGCCUACAAGUUUGCUGCGGGCAUGGGUAUGCGUAUGCGGGAUUAGAAAAUGGUGACCAGUGUUUCUGUGGUAGUCAGACUGCUGAUUACGAAAGGUAUGGAAUGAGGUCGUCGUCAGAGUGUUCAACUCCAUGUAAAGGCAAUUCGGGACAAGAAUGUGGUGGUGUAUUUGCAAUGCGUGUUUAUGAAUGUAUUCUUCCUAAUGUAACUACAGCACAGCAACCAUCAACUGAGUCGAUUUUACAAACAUCUAGUAAAGGGCUGCUAACCACCAACAGCGACCAAAGCACCGCCCAUACUAUUACAGCAUUCAAAGAAUCGCCUAUGUCCACUAACGAAUUAAGGAAAACAGAAGACGUGUCAGAUGCUCAGACAACUAUUCCUCCUACUGUAACAAAAACAGAGCAAUUAUCAACUGAGUCGAUGCUACAAACAUCUAGUAAUGGGCAACGGACCUCCAAUACCUACAAAAGCACCACCCCUGCUAGGACAAUGACAUCCAAUGACUUAAAUCAAGCCAAUAUUACAUCAUCAAUACCCAAUGAUUCCAGCGAAACCCCUGCUACUCUAAAAGUGAGUACUGACGAAUUGGGUAGAGGCACUGCUACAACCUCAGUGUUAACUAAUGAUUCAAGCCAAAUAACUCUUUCACCACCAGUUUCUAUUACACCAGUGAUAUCAACCAUGGAUUCCAGCAAACGUCCUCCUUCAACAACAAGUGACCUGCGUCAAAUGACAUAUGUAACGACACCUACGAAACCAACACCAUUAACCGAAAGCUAUGAAAGUACCACCUACAAUAACAUGGAAGGCUCGACGUCAUCUAGCCUCUUUCCAGACUCACAAACUCCGUCCAAAUCACUUUCAACCAUGAAAACUACAGUAGACGACAGUAUCACUAUAGGAAACACUAGUCCUAGAAGUCUUACUUCAAAGCCAUCGAUUCAGGACUACACUGCAACAGAUUUAGUUGUUUUUUCCACAACAGCAACAAAAGUUACUAAAACUUCAAUGUCAACUAAUAUGCCUUCCUUAUCAGAUGGAACUACAAAAUUUCCAAGAAGUACUCUUAACACCACAACACCCACGGGUGUCUCAGAUUCAAUGGCAACUAGUAAAGCGGAUAAUGAUAAUAAUGUUCCAAAAGACCAGAACACUUUACUUGAAGAUGAGGAUCAGUGGUAUCUGUAUAUGAUCUUAGCUGCAUUGUGUUUGAUUCCUAUUCUCAUUCUUCUAAUUCGAUGUUGUUGUUGGAACGUGGGUCACAGGGAGCGACACAAAUUUGAUUAUUCACAAAGCAAAGGAAGCAAGAAAAAACACGUCCUUCCCGAAGAUGAAGAUUGCGAUUCUAUAGAUGAUAACUGUAUUAUCACAAGUGGCACAAUUGUUGAUGAAGAAGAUCAGCCAGUGCCCAUUCCAUCAUAUCGCUGGGUUCCUAUGGCAAGUGAUAACAAACACCUGAUUGAGAAAGAUACUCCUGUAGAGGCGGAUCCAGUCUGGAAUAUUGGAAGUAAUGAUGGCGUUGUGGACAACGAGAUAUAUGAGGGAGGAACUGACUUAGAAAUAAAUGCUGCAACGCCUGCCAACGGUGUGGAGGGAGCUAAAGGCGCAGAUAACUUGUAUAGUAAAGUUGACUUCUCUAAAAAGAAAAAUAAGAGAGCAACUAUUAUCAUUGAUAGUAAGUCAUUUUCUGCACCUUAAAUUCAAAAAUGAGGUAAACGUUUAUCGCUGUUGCGUUUGUGUUCACCGUUUUGUAUGUCGAAAAAUAUAUCCAAAAAACUGAUAACACUGAAAAAAGAGAGUAGAGAGAUGUUUUUUUUCUAUUAAAAGUAAUGUUUUAUCAAUCAUUGGCCCCAGUUAGUAUAAAACUAUGUAGACAUAAUUUAAAAUUAUUUUUACAAGUGUACGGUAUUUAAUUGCAUACAAUGUGCGUGUGUCCGUUGCUAUUUGAAGCGCUACUUAAAAUUAUAGUAAGAAUUACUCUAUAUUUAAUUUGUUUAGGUUUUCAGAUGUUAUGCAUAUUAUACUGAUAUUUUAUAUGUUAAUAAAAUAUAUAUCUUAGUAUUAUUA